CGACGACGUUGAUGAUGCCGUCGCUGGUGCGUCUCGGCGUCAUCUUGGUGCCGAUCGUUACUUUGCUCUCCUCCGCAGCUCUUUUCUUGAGGAUUCAAGCCCCCUCUCCGAUCGGCCAAAAUCCUUUCUCGACGAUGGCGACCCCUCAAGCGCCGAUCUCGGAGAUGACAGUGGCCAGCUUCAACGUGCGGUAUGAUAGCUCAGCCUCGGCCUUGUCUUCGAUCCGGCAAUUGCUCCGCGGCGGCUUUGCACCGUAUCGUUCGAUGUCAGAUCGUAGCUACCCGCCAGAGCAAAGGUACGGGGAGCUGCACUGGGCCAAGAGAGUACACAAGGUCGUCGAUACUGCCAUUUUUCAUCGCUGGGACAUCUUUAGCUUCCAAGAGGUGCUUCCCGGACAGCUCCACGAUCUUGUCGGGCUUCUGGAUGCCAGGACAGAGGGUCUUCCUCCCAUUUCCAUUUCCAAAGGGCGAGACCAGAGCCCAGGAGAGAAUGCGAGUGCGACGGGAAAUAGAAGCCACCGCUACGAUUGGGCCGGUGUACCGCGCAACGACGGCAAAGCAAAAGGCGAGGCCGUGCCUGUAUUCUGGCGUUCCGAUAAGUUUCAAAGAAUCGGUGCCAGCCAAGGUGGAACGGGAAAUGAGGGUGUCGAGCACUUCUGGCUUAGUCCGACGCCAGAGGCACCGGGAAGCGUGGGCUGGGAUGCAGACCAGACGAGGAUGUGUACCCACGUUGCACUCCAGCCGUCUUCAUCGACUGGCCAGCUCAUCCACGUCUUCUCGACGCACUAUGACCAUCUGGGAGAAAGGGCACGCGCCGAGAGCAGCAAGCUGAUCUUGAGAAAGGCGCGCGAGGCCGUCGAGCAUACCAAGGAGACCACCGGCCUUGAUCCCUUGGUGUUGCUAAUGGGCGAUCUCAACAGUCCUCGGCACGAGAGGGGCUGGAAGACGCUCGUCGAAGGCCAUCAUGGAGUCGAUCGUGAUUCGCAGGGGAAUGGCUUCACCUUCUUUGACGGGGCACUCUCGGUACCUACACGAUUCGGAACCCCUUACUGGCCUAUACCCCGGGAGGAAAAGACUGCGAGCUGGACAGAAAGCUCGGAUGGCGGCCUCUUGAGCGAGCCAUACGGUCCUCAGACGACCUUUACCGACUUUCAAAAGAGCCAAAAGACGGCUGAGGACGAUCGAAUAGAUUUUAUCAUGUAUGCCGACAAUUCGGCGGUCAAAGACCACACGGAGCCGAGCGAAAGCAGGCAAAGGUGGCAAAUCAUCACCUUUGGCACAAUUCCGAGCUGGAGCGAGGGUGACGCCGGCUUUCAGAUCUCAGAUCAUCGCCCGAUCCAGGUGACCCUCUCCUGGCAAUGAAUAGAGGAUGCAGAUAUGGGUUUGUAUUGUACUGUACAGUACACUAUGGCAGUGAUGUUUUUACAGUUCUAGAUGAUACCCUGGAUGACGAUCGCCGAGCUUUGCCCUGAUAGCCGCCGGGCUCAUUCCCUGCGAGGCCAGCGCCUCUACCAGGUGGUCGCUGCUUCCAUGUCUCCUCCGUCUACGCUCACGCAAGACCCACAGCUCCGCCAGCGAGAGAAAUACGAUGCCCAUGAUGU